AUAUUAAACACCAACCCAAGUCAAAAACCCAUAAACCAAAGAAAAAAAACCAAACCUCCAUCUUCAUUUUACUCUUCUCUCUCCCUCUCUCAGAAACACAAAAACACAAAGCAUACUUUUAUAUUGUAGCUAUGAGUAACCCUAAUGAUGAUCGAAACCAUGAUGAUCAUGAUUAUUAUCCAUUCGGAAAUUUCUAUCGUGGAUCAAGUCAGAGUAACUUCAACAAAAAAAUCUUGCUUACUGCCAUAGUUUCUUUAGCACUUGUAUUGAUUUUGGUCUUAGCUCUACACCUCUAUGCAAGGUAUGUUCUCAAACGCCAAGCUCGCCGGAGAGCUGCCAUUCAACAACUCAGCCUCACCGUCGCUCAAGCUCACACUCAAUUCGCCGAGCCAGCCAACACCGGAGUCGACCCUACAAUCAUCGCUGCUCUUCCCACUUUCCUCUUCAAACAAAAGCAACAAGAAGAAAACAAAAAUGUUUCCAAGAAUAUUGUUGAAUGCGCAGUGUGUUUGAGUGUUGUCGAAGAUGAAGAAAUGAUGAGGUUGCUUCCUAAUUGUAAGCAUAGUUUCCAUGUGGGUUGUAUUGAUAAGUGGUUAGCUUCGCAUUCCACCUGUCCAAAUUGUCGAACCAAGGUUGAACCGCGGCCGGAAGCAGAGCCACGUGAGGGUCCCACUUUGUUUAUAUCACCAUCCGAAGGUACAUCGGAUGGUGGUAGUGUGUCCCCCAAAAAUAUUUCAAGGUUGAGCUCUUUUCGUAGAAUUCUCACUAGGGAUAGAUCUUCGAGAAGAAUCCAACCUUCUAGUACUCCUCGUGAAGAUAUUAUUAUUGAUCGUGAUUUAGAGAGACAGUAAAUUUUAUUAUGCAAGAAAAUUUAGAUUAGAAAAGAUACACCAUCAUUUAAGGUCAACAAGAGUCACUAAAUUCAUUGAUGUUAUACAUAUAUCUUUUUUUUUUACUUGUGUCUUGUCGACCGUGAAAUUUCAAAUAUAAGAACAGCCCACAAUAUUCAAGCAUCUUUGUCAACUGCCAUUGUUAUAUUAUUGAUGAUGAGGUGAGGUAUCUCUUGUAUGGUUUUACCGUAAUUGGUAGGGAAUGCAUAAUGGGUUGAAAAUUUGAUGAUGUAAUGUUUGACAUUUUUUUGUACAUGUUGUGUUAGUCAAAAUAUGAGCGGUUUUGGUGUUGAAUUUCAAUAAUCAUAUAUUAUUAAACUUAUUUUUUAGAAA